GGCCUACUUACACUGCUGCGGUAUCAGUGUCUCUCAUUCCAUCUACUUUGCUAUUCUCUCUUAAUUCACAACCAUUCGCGGGUCGUCAGGGAUAUAGGAAACUUAGGACAUCCCACGAAGUGUUCCUGGAGGACAUCUAGUCAAUAUGUCGGAAGAUGAUCGUGCAGCAAAAGCAGCCCGAGCGCGUGCAUUGUUGAAGAAAAGACAACAACAGAAAGUUGGUGGUGCUUCUCCAGCUACGGAUCGAAGUGUUGCUUCACCGAGUCCUCCGCCGUCUCGAUCCUUCACACCGGCACCAGUUGAAGUUCACUCACCUGUACAUACAGCGGAUAGUAGUACAAACGGACGAAAUUUAGGAGACCUCUUCUCUAAAGAUGCUAAUGGCAACGGCACAGCAGAGUCACAUUGGCUAUCAUCGUUGGACCGCGUAGAUGGUCCUUCACUGCCUACUCCUGCAACGUCACAACCGCCGCCCUCGGUAACGUCGCCAUUGGCAGCCUCACAGACUCCACCAACGAGUCCUCCAGCUGCCCCAACCUCAAGCUCAUAUGAGCGAGACUUAGUACAACAACAGGCGAGGAAGAUAUCUUCGCUAGAGGCGGAGAAGAGAUCUCUUUCCAAGUCUUUGGAUCAGCACAAAAUUGCGGACUCGAAUGUAGAACUUCAGGAUACAUUGAAACAGUUGGAAGAUGAACGAGCGAGGAGUGAAGGAAUGCGAAGCCUUGUGGCGCGUGAACAUGCAGAACUGCUUCAGCUCCAGCGGGACUAUUCAGCACAAAGCAGCACAAUUACCACGCUGAAUGCAGAGAAAUCCAAGGUUUCCGACCAAUUCAAAACUCUUCAAGCCCAGGUGUCACAGUUGGAACAGUUGGCUACUCUGUACCAACGGGCGCAAGCUCAAAGCGAACAGUUGCAAGCGGCGAAUACGCAAAUCCAAUCGGAGCUUUCUAAAGCAUCACAGCAAGCACGGGAUCAGCAUUCGCAAAUUUCUUCCCUGGAAUCUGAGAAAGCCUCCUUGAUUGCCAAAGUUCGACGCCUUGAGUCUGCCGAGUCCAAGGCUCAGGAACUUGACCGGACUUUGCAAGAAGAACGGACUACUUCUCAGCAACUACAAGACCGCGUGCAGGAGCUCGAACAAGCCCUAGACGAAGUCAACAACCGUGUUGAGCAACAACAGCAAACCAUCUCCCUGAUUGUCUCCGAGAAGACUUCCCUUACUGCAUCGCUCGAACGACUGCAGGAUGCAGAUACCCAACUCCAAGAGACAGCGAAUCAACUGGAGAAGGAACGGACCAGGGCUGCAGAUUUGCAAACCACUGUCCGUCGCCUCGAAGAGGAAGAACGCGAUUGGACCCACAAGUUCGAAGAGCUCGCGACACGGGAGAAGGGGCUUGCAAGCAAAUGUCACGAUCAGGAGCGGGAAAUACAACUACUGACUGCUUCGUCAGAUGAUAUCCGUGCUGAAUCCGAACAGUUGCAACGUCGGAUUCGUGAACUCGAAGAGCAGAUCGAGAGCGACGACCGGGCGGAGCGUUUAGAAGCUACAUUGCAACACACGCAAGACCGUGCGGCCGAGUUGGAAUUGCAAGUGUCCAAACUUAAACAGGCUCAAUCUUCCCUCAAGUCUGACCAUGACGAACUAGAAAAGCAAUUGCAAGUACAGAAACAGAACGAAGCAGAUCUGGAAGGUCGACAUGCUGAAACCAUGAAGUUGCAUGAGGAUGCUCAACAACGAUUAUCUUCUCUUACGUCUGAGAGGGAUCAGCUCCUGCAUGGCAAGACCGAUUUGCAACGGCAGAUUGAAGACAGCCGAAUUUCCCUUACUGAACUGCAGCAAAAGUUAGCUUCUACAGUCACAGAGCUUAACACAAGUGUCCGUACGUUACAGCAAACCCAGGCUGAACUACGGAAUGCCAACAGACGCGCGGAGGAGGCGGAGAAAAUCCAGAAGGAUCUCCAGGCGGAGGGUAUUGGGCUUAUGCGCUCAUUGGAUGAGAUGCGUCCCAAGAUCGUCGAGCUCACCGACACGAAAUUGGAUCUCGGCGAGAAAGCUGAGUCAUUGGAGAAGGGUCUCAAAGCUCGCGAUGCCGUUAUUGCUCAGCUGGAGGCUUCCUUGGACGAAGUUCGGGAGCAGAAGGCAGAGGCGGACAAACAGCAACAACAUACUUCCGCUGCUUUAGAACGAGAACGUACAUCUUCACAUGAGAACUCAAGCGAGCUCCAGAAGGCAUACGAGGAGCUUCAAGAGGAACUCAAGGCUGCUCGUACGAACCUCGAAAAAUUCGAUGGGGAACGCUUAGCGUACCGUGAAGCGUCCAAUCGUCAUGCAGAAGAAUACGACCGUCUCACCUCUUCCCUCCAAUCUCACUCGGAGCAACUAACCGUGCUGAGGACUGAGGUAGAAGAACGUACUCAUGCACGGGAGGAAGCAGAAGAUUUCCUGGAGAGGGCUCGCUCGGAUAUGGAGUCCUUGAGGGCGGAGCUAGCCGCGAAGGACGAGGAGAUCGAACGUCUGAAGGAACAAGUCAUUUCUCCUUCUUCACCAAUGCCCUCAAACGGCCCACGUAAUGCUUCUUCGAGCUCUCUGAAUCAAGAGAUGCUGAGCGCACUCAAGCAACAGCAUGCCCUUGAGCUGUCGACUGCGCAAUCUCAAAUUCGUGCACUGGAGACAAGCGUGUUCCAAGCUGAGGCCAAGUAUCACGCACUGCAACGACAACAGUCAUUCAUGGAGGAACAACUGGCCAGUUUCCAGCGUUCAUCUUCCAGAGCGUCUCAACGGCCUGGUCUUCCAGUACGUACGAGCAGUCGUGGUGUACCGCUGGAGCAUUCGGACGAUCUCCGUCGUGCUUCAUUCAGUUCACACCGAGUCGGCCAGACUGCUCAGCAUCUCGCAGUCACCCCCGCCAUCGACGGGCUCUCACCCGAAACUCGGCACAAGCGGAAAGUCAGCUUAAGCAUGCUGAAGGCGCGGAUUGACAGUGAAGUAGGCGCGAAAGUCCAGGCAAACUCGAGAACUUCAUCGCCAUCUCAGAAGCCUGUCAGUUUACCGUCUAUCGUUGAGCCGCCCUCACAGCCUGGCAGUCCGCCACUAGAGUCUCAGCUGCCUCGGCGGGUACAUACUCAUUUUCUUGAUGAGGCGCAUGUGUUCUGGUGUAGCUCGUGUCAUGGCGACCUUGUGGUUCUCUAGCACUCUUCUCUGUAUUCUAGGUUCUCUCUAUUUCGGAAUGCGUUAUGGAAAUGCAUGUUAAUGUGGAUGUCUCCUGGAUGGAACUAUGGUGUACAGUACUAUUACAAUGUAAGAGAGCGUGAAGAAAGAAGCAACCCAUCGCUUGCGUCCAGCACAACGAUAAAACCCACAGAUAUUACGAAAGCUCUAGAGUGUUAUAAAUGUGCCCUAUUGUCCUAAAGGACAGUACAUAAAACAAAGAUUGAGGGAU